AUGGCAUCUCACAUCCAAGAAGUGAAACAGAAAAUAGGGGAAAAUGCACGCCUGCUGCUGGAGCGCCUGGGACCUUACUUCCAUAUGUUAAAAAGCAGUGUCAGCAGAAUAAGUUUUUUGAAUGCUCAGGUAAUAAAAAGCAUAAAGGACUUGGAGAAUGCCCUGCAUGAAAAUGUGGAAAGCCUGCAGGCCUUGGUGCCUUCCAUGCCCAACAAGAUCAAGGAGAACAUCGCCAUGAAUCUAUUGAAAUUCCAGGCAAUCCUGAUGACAUUCAAACAUGAAGUGAAAAAAACAAUCAACGAAUCCAUGAAGAAGCUGAGCAGCAGCCUUGCCCCUUUUGUGAAGGACACGCAGAAUAUUGACCACCAGCUUGAAGGACUCUCCUUCCAAUUAAAGAGGGAGACAGUGAAGUUGGUGGCCAACCUCUCUGUCAAGACCUAUGAGUUGUGGAAGCUGCUGGAGCCCCUGCCUGAGUCCAAACUGAAAGGCAAUAAGGGUGAUCUGCAUAAUUGUCUGGCUAUUCUGAAUAGACUAAUGAACGAGCAGUUCAAAAUAUUUCAGUGCAAGGUGUCCUCCAAUAUUGAAACCUUCGAGAAAGUUAUGGGGCAGAAAUUAGAAGAAUUUGGGCAGAAGCUGGGUCCUCAUGCAGGGUACAUGGAUGAUCACUUGAUCUUCCUGGAGAAGGAGCUGAAGGACAAGGUUAAGUCCUUCUUCAACAAUCUCAAGAAUAAGGCUGAGAAUGAACCUAACCCUGAAGAACCAUGCAAGGAACCCUGCCCUAUAGAGCAGAGUUCUGCCAAUUUGGGAUAG